AUGGCGCUGCCGGCCAUCGGAGAGGACGCCAAGAUGCAGACGCAGCUCGCGUCCCCGUGCGCGUCGCUGGCGCGCGCUCCGUCCCUCUCGCCCUGCAGCUCGCAGCGCUCCGUGUCGUCCUCCGCCUCGUCGUCCGCGGAGCUGCUGGAGGCGCUAAAACCAGGGACUAAAACCUCGGGUAAAACCACCUCGGUCCCAUUCUGGAAGUACCCAAAUAAUAAUUCUCGACCUAUUUACCCGCAAGACGAAGACGACGUGGCGCCCAUUCGCCGCCGAUUCCACAGCUCCGACAUCAUUCUACGCAGCAGCGGGGCCAAGUUUGCCCAUUUCUACAGCCAGGACGGACCCAAUUGGAGGAAAAACACGUCGGGGUUCAGCGAUUCCAGCAGCUGCAGUCAUUUCAGCGCAGAGGACCAAUACGAGCCCGAGCCGCCGCUGGCCGACCCGGCGGAGCUGGCCAGACUGGCCCUAAGAAGAAGGACGUGCUCGGAGAAUUUCACGAAAAGCUCGAGGGCGCCAUCGUCAUUUUUCCAGAGGGAAAAUUCAUUUUACGAUGUGGAGGCGAGUUUUGAGUAUGGAGAGGGACGGAAGCACGUGGAGGAGGAGGAAGAGGAAGAGCACAAAACGGACGAGGAAGAUGCAGUCGCUGUGGAUAAUUUACUGGCGGAGUUGAAUGAGGAGCUGGAGGAAGAUGUAGAUGGACCCCUGGAGGCCGAAGUGCAGCCCGUGGAUGAUCUCUUUGAUGGAUCGUGGCCGUCUCAGGCGCUGCAAGGGGGAUUUUACAGUGGACUUGGUUCUACGCCGGCGUCGGGGUCCAAUUACUCGGUGGAAAGUGAUGGCCAGAAUCUUGAAAAGCUGCGGAACUUGCAGAAGCUGUAUCAGGAGGGGUUCAUUACGGUGACAGAGUACAAGGACCGCCGUGUGCAACUCGUGGACGAGUUGAGCGAAGCGGAUCAAACAAUUGCGAAGACGUCGGACUUGCUUUCCUUGGAGCUGCCAAUUAUUUAUCGUGAGCCACCUGACUUCGCGUUAUUGCGUGAGCGGGAUGCCAUCAAGCACGUAUUCGACUCAGAGCACCGCAGGUGGACGUCGUCGAGAAUCAAGAUAAAAAUUGAUACCGAGCCUUUCGCCAAGGGUGGGCUUCGUCAAGUGUUCCACCUGCAAGAUCUCAGUAUGCCGCCUCCUGCAUUAAGAGGAGACGAUAUCGACGAGGACAGCGUCAUGUCCAAGUGCACCAGCUACGUGGCGAAAAUCGCAAUCGACCCCAAUGAAAAUCCGGACACGUACUUCAAGGACGUCGAGAUGCAAGCCGUGGCGGCCAAGUACGCGAAGCUGUACAAUUCAUACAAUCCCCCGCGACGCGUUGAAUUUUUGGAGGCGUGGGUUCUUCAGCUGAUUCCAAGCGCUGUAAGUGGUGGUGGAGACCAGACUAUCGAGAAUCUGACGCUCAGUGGCACAAUUUGUGGUGUGGAACCAUUCAUUGCAGGGGAGUACCACAAACACAACAACAAUUUUGGCUACGUGAGCGAGCUGGAACGCAACACACCGCAGGCUUUCUCACACUUCACGUACGAGGCGUCAGGCCAACAAAUUCUCGUGGUCGAUAUCCAAGGCGUUGGUGAUCAUUACACGGACCCGCAGAUCCACACAAGGCGAGGGAAAGAGUUUGGCAAGGGGAACUUGGCGUUGCGAGGCUUUGAACGAUUCUUAGACUCGCACCGCUGCAACCCGAUCUGCCGAUACCUAAAGCUGCCAUUGAUCAACCCGAAGGACGAAGGGAGUAGACCGAUUGACCCGAAGGGUACAAUACCAGCGCAGACGUACAUGAGCCAGCCGGGCGUCGUGGUGGACCAAGUUGAUUCGGUGUUAUGUCAUUACUACGGCGACUCGAAGGCUUUUAAGAAGUAUAACGCGAAGAAGAAACGCGACAAGAAGAAGCGCGAGAAGCACCAGCAGAAGGCGCAUCGAUGUGGCAGUGGUGGCGUUGGAAUGGAAACCGCUGGUGAAGUCCAGCAAGCGGGCAACAGGUUUGCAGCGGCACUUUUGGACCAGCAGCGAUCGUGCACAUCUUAUGUGUGCGGCGGCGUCUCGCAGUGCACCGUGUCCUAA